AUGGAAACUCCAGUAUUGAAACAAGUGUAUCAAUUGUGGAAACUUAAUGGAGCUAAUAUUAGUAAUUAUGCUCAUUACAAUAUCAAUACUACUAGUGGUACACUGACUAUACAAGAAGUGAGGAGCACUGAUACUGGAAACUAUACUUGUGGUUCAGGAAGCAUUUCUUUAAUAAUGAAAAUACCUGAUAUCAUUGUUACUGGUCAAUAUACUGACCUCACUGUUGGUCGUAGUGUCAGUAUUAACUGUACUACACUGCCCUCCAUCCCUAACAGUGAAGUAAAAUGGCAUUCAUCAUCAUUCAAUACUGAUAGCAAUGAACUGAUCAUUAAUCCAGUGAUGCUCUUUCAUAAUAACAACACAUUCACUUGUGUAGUAUCAUCAGAUUUACUGGCUAUGAGUUUGACAGAGUCUAUUACUAUUAGUGUAUUAGAUACCAGUGUCUCAUCUGUUACUGUCCAAUCAUUAUCAUCUUAUGUCAUUGGUGAUGAUGUAUCAAUAGUGUGUACUAUUAGUCUCACUAAUGCUAUUGGUCCUGAUGUUUCUUCACUUGUAGUGAACUGGUUUAAGAAUAAUAAAAUAAUUGUAACAGAUAAUAUCAGUAUUAAUGGUUCAUUAUCAACAUUUAAUAGUAUCCUGACAUUAACACAGGUUUCACCAACUGAUGCUGGAGUAUAUACUUAUCUUGUUCCCUUUAAUCAAGACAAUGAUAAAUACACAGACUUACCACUGGGAUAUAGUGCAACAAUACAGUGCAUGGAUCUCUCAUCACUCAACAGAAUUAUCAUAAGAUCCAUAAAUUGGACUGAUUCAGAGGGUGCUAUUGUCAGUAACAAUAAUACAUUAAUACUACCUAAUGUGGUACCAUCACUUAACAACACUGAAUAUACUUGUACUGUAGAAGUGGAUACCAACCCAGUGACUUGUUCACCAGACAACAAGAUGAUUACCAUUGAUACUAAAAUAAAAAUUGAUUGUUUCAUUCUUCUCAAUACUCCUGUUGGUCCUGGUAUGCAGCCCAGUGUCACUUGGUAUCAUGAUAUGAGUAUUAUUACACAAUAUAGUUCAUUAAUGAGAGAAUAUGACAUUGUCUUUACUUCAGUACUUACUAUUAAUUCAAUAAAAGUAUCUGAUGCUGGAGUAUAUCAUUGUAAUGCUGGGAUUGAUUCUAAUGUAACUACUGACAAUAUCAAUUUAUGUGUAACAGUUAAUGAGACACUACCAUCAGUAACAGAAGAACUAUCCCUUGGUCAGUAUUAUUCAAUUGAUUGUAUCACUGGAGCAGUACCUACUGGAGUAUCAGUAUCCUGGCUACUUACUAAUGGUUCUAUUUAUAGUAACAAUAAUACACUAAUGAUACCAUCAAUACUACCAUCACAUAAUAAUACACAAUAUACUUGUACAAUUAUAAUUGAGACUAAUCCUUCUGACUGUAGUACUCAAUCGCAGGUCAUUACUUUUAGAAUGAAAGUUACUUAUAUCAGUUCAGUGACUGUAUUACCCUCUUCAAUAGUCAGUUUUAUCAACUCUACAGUAGUAUUGACCUGUACUAUCAGUCUUAAUACUGGGAUAGGUCCUGAUACAUCAUUCAUGAAUCAUUACUGGUAUCAGUAUAGCACUGAUAUUAGUGAUAGGAGGACGCAACUGAUGAUUAAUGGUGACAGUAAGAGUCUAGUAACAACACUGAAUAUUACUAGUGUUCAAUUCUCUGAUGCUGGAGAAUAUCUGUGUGGAGCUAGCAUUGAUGGUAAUGACACUGUUAUAAGUAAUGAAUUGGAUCUUUGUGUUAAAGUUAAUGUCAUAAAUAUUUCUUUUGAUGCUGAUUUAAGACUAGGAGAUGUUAGAGAGUAUGAUUGUACAUUAGGUUACAAUUAUGAUGAUUCAGAAGUCGUGGUAGCAUGGCAAGAACAUACAUCUGGUAAAGCAUUUACAAAUCCUCUCAUAUUAACAGUGGAUCAGUCAAUCAACAAUACAGUGUAUAUUUGUAGUAUACUAAUUGGUAAAAAUCCAAAUAACUGUCCUUUUCAACAAAUAAAUGUAUCAGUUACAGUGAAAGAUACAUUUAUAAAGACAGUGGUGACUAACAUUGACACAUUAAUUUUAUCAAAUACUUUUCAACAGUUGGAGUGCCAUAUUGCUACUAACACUGAUAUUAACAGUAUAGUUAAUGUAUCCUGGUAUAGAGACAAUGGUAAUGAGAACAGACUAGUAUCAGACAGUGAAGGAGUAUCUAUACUACCCAUUGUGUCUGUUACUAAUACAUCAUUUAUUAGUACACUGAGGUUCAGUCCAAUAACAUCAUCAACUCCAGUAUCAACACUUGGUAAUUACACUUGUGUAGCAUGGAUAGGAGAACAAUCAGUUAGGAGUAUGACAUCAAAUAAUGUACAAGUUACGAUGAAAAUCGAUAAUUCUAGAGAUGCCGUUAGUAUGUCUCUAUUGAAUGAAUAUACAGCUGGAGACAGUUUUAAUGCAACUUGUAUGAUUACUGCUUAUCAAUUAUCACCUCCUAUUGCUACUAAGGGUACUGUUAACAUCACACACAACAAAAGGAUCAUUAGGUCAAGUGUAGUUGAUAUUGGUGCCACUGGUAGUCACAAACUAUCUUUAAACAUUCCCUUCACUAAUUUCAAAUUAUCAUAUACAGGAGAAUAUGUUUGUUCCUUUAUUCGUAGUAACAAUUUAUUUGUUGAACCAAGUGAUGUUAAAUCAGCUAUUACUGAAGUAAAUAUUAAAAUUCCAAUUCACAGUACAUCACUGAUUCUCAAUCCUAUACCAUCCUAUUAUGAAGUUGGUAAUAAAGUUACUCUCUCUUGUAAAGUUACUGAGCCUAACUCACCACUGGUUGAUAUUGAUACUGCUGUCAAUAUUAAAUGGAGUUCAAAUACAAUUGUUAACCAGCAAUAUUCUAUUUAUCCAUACAAAAAAUAUUUCAAUUAUACUCUCACUAAUAUAAAGCUAUCUGAUGCUGGAGAAUAUAGUUGUACAUAUUAUCUCAAUAGUACCACUAACAAUCCUUAUAUUAUACCAAGUGAUGUCAGAACAGGAGUCACUAUUGUAACAAUUAAAAUUCCUAAUGGUAAUAAUUAUCCAUCAAUUGCUCCGUUGUCUUCUUAUUAUAUUGUUGGUGACAGUAUUAGCCUCAUUUGCUCUGUCACUUAUCCACACUCUCCUCUUGUUGAUAUUGCUACUAAUGUGAACAUACAAUGGCUCAAUUCCUCUAAUCACACUCUACACUCAUAUACUGGUAUCAAUAAUAAUACUGAACACACUAUCAGCUACACUAUCAAUAAUGUGUCAUUAUCUGAUGCUGGACAAUAUACUUGCAAUUCCUAA